GGCACGAUGCUGGAUUUUAGCCCUGCGUCGCUCGUCUCGGUCCACUGUGCGCCGCGUCCGCUGCACCACCUGGCGGUCAGCGCCGGGCGAUGCCGUACACCGGUCGAGUGACCUUGCGGAGCGGGCGGCGGCGGCGGCGGCAGCGACGGUGAUCAGUGCUGGCGUCUGUGAGUCGCCGGUGUGGCUGCGGGAGCGACGGUGUGCUCUCGCAGACAGGUGCAGCGUUCACCAGCGACCACCUGUGAUCGGUGAACACGGCACUGUCCGCAGGGACAUCACCGACAGACAGCAGCAUCAUGGGCUAGCGACAGGUGCAGACUAGACGCCAGCCUCCACACCUGACUGACCUCCGAGGGUCCGACCACCGACCUCCGACUCCGACCUCCGACCUCCGACCACCGACCUCAGGCGAUGCGUCUGUGCGGCUGUCGGCUACGCCGGAGCACGGCUCUUCUGCUGGCCGUGCUCGGCGUGGCCGCCGUGCUCUACGUCCGCUACAUGCAGCAGGAGGCGGAGCUGACCGACCCCGACCCGGACGUGGUCAGGAUUAUUAGGCAAAAUAAAAACCAGAAGGAGUACAUCAACCGGAAGGGCAUCCACGUCGUGGUCGGCCACUACAAGGGCGACCCGCCCCCGGAGAACCUCACCGAAGCUAUUCUCAACACCAACGACUACCGUCCGGUGCCCGGGGAGGGCGAGAAGGGCAUGCCGGUGGUGGUGCCGGCCCACCUGCUGGACAAGAUGCGGAAGCUCUACCGCAUCAACGAGUUCAACCUGGUGGCUUCUGACCGGAUAUCGGUGAACCGCUCCGUGCCGGACGUCCGACGCGCGGGAUGCCAGGACAAGAAGUACGACCAGAGUAAGAUGUCGGCUGCCUCCAUCAUCAUCGUCUUCCACAACGAGGCGUGGUCGACGCUGCUGCGCACCAUCCACAGCGCCAUCAACCGCUCGCCGCGCGAGCUCCUGAAGGAAAUCAUACUCGUGGACGAUGCCAGCGAGCGCAGCUUCCUGGGCCGGCCCCUGGACGAGUACGUGGCGCAGCUGUCCGUGCCCACUCGCGUGGUGCGCAUCGAGGAGCGCACGGGACUGAUCCGCUCCCGGCUGAUGGGAGCUCAGGAGGCGACCGGUGAUGUCAUCAUCUUCCUGGACGCCCACUGCGAGUGCACGGAAGGCUGGCUGGAGCCGCUGCUGGCGCGGAUCGCCGAGAGCCCCACCUCCGUGGUCUGUCCCGUGAUCGACAUCAUCAACGACGAUUCAUUCGCCUACACACGCAGCUUCGAGCUGCACUGGGGCGGCUUCAACUGGCAGCUGCAUUUCCGCUGGUUCACACUAGGCGAGCGCGAGAUCCAGGCGCGCAGGAAGGAUAACACCGCGCCGUUCAGGACACCGGCAAUGGCCGGUGGGUUGUUCGCGAUAAACCGGGACUUUUUCUACCAGUCCGGGUCCUACGACCGGGACAUGGACAUCUGGGGAGGCGAGAACAUCGAGAUGUCACUCCGAGUGUGGAUGUGCGGAGGCAGCGUGGAAAUACACCCCUGCUCGCACGUCGGACACAUCUUCCGCAAGAACUCGCCGUACACGUUUCCCCGCAAGGGAGGCGUGGGAGGCGUGCUGCACCACAACCUGGCCCGCGUGGCCACCGUCUGGAUGGAGAAGUGGGCCGACUUUUUCUUCAAAGUCAACCCAGAGGCCGCUAAGAUGAAGGACACCACGCAGGUCAGCCACCGGAUGAUGGUGAAGAAGAGGAUGAACUGCAACAACUUCAAGUGGUUCCUCGACAACAUCUGGCCGGAACACUUCUUCCCCGACGAUGACCGCUUCUUCGGCAAGAUCCGUAACGACAAGCUGGAGCACUGCGUGCAGCGUCCGUACGCCACGGGCACGGGCCAGCCGUCGGGCCCGGCCACCACCACCGACUGCGCCUCCAACUGGUACACCCCCCAGCUGUUCGUCAUGACCGUCGACGGCUUCAUCAUGACGGACGAGUCCGUGUGCCUGGACGUGCCGGACGGAGGCCGUGAGACGGCAGAGUCGCGGGUCCGGAUCCACGGCUGCAGUCAGCUGUCGCGCCAGAAGUGGUUCCACGACUCCAGUACCAGUCAGCUGGUACACGUGGACUCUCAGAAGUGUCUGGACCUGCCGACGGCGGCGAACCCGGAGAGUCUGGUGGUGCUGGCCUGCUCUGACGGUCCCAGUCAGAAGUGGACGCUGGAGGAGGUCCCGUGGACGUGAGGAGUUGAAUCUCAGGUCGUCUUGGACAAAACACUGUGCCUCAGAGGUGUGACGAGAACAUAAGACGUUUAUCAUACCAGCUGUGUGGCUAGACGAUUUGAGAGAACGCCGAGCGUCUAUCACAAACUGAGAACUGCAUCUCAAGGAUGUUACAAAACGCUGAACGUCUAUCUGAGGAGAGAUUUGACCAGCGGACCCAGUGAUACAUUUCCGACCAUUCCGUCCCUGUGAUAGUGAUACUCGUGCCUGCAGGAAACUAGCCAUUACUCUGCUCGGAGAGCUGAAAGUGAACGCGUGAGUGAGCGUUUCGGUGCCGGGAGACGAAUUCUCACUCCCAAGUCAGUGCCGACAUUUCAUCUGUUCAUAACGUGCUCAGUGCGAGUGUUUCAGGCGAGCCCGUGAUUGGUGAUUUGCGAUAACUCAAUAACCACCUUUUCACGUUAUGCGAAAAGGCGCGAUAGGGAACGGAUCGUUGCUAUUUGGAGUGACUCGAUGGGCGGCGAUGGUCGCCCGCUUGUGAUCGCGGGUCGGACGGGGCGGACCCGAUGGCACCACGGCCGCAUAUUGUCGGCCGUGUGCUGCCCAAGGCUCUAUAGAAGUGCUGCCCUGACCGCGCCAGCCCCGCCACAGCUAACCUACCGAUACGUUUAACACUGACCAAAGGCGCCCGCGCGCAGGUCUCCUGGCGGGCCAGCGUUCAAUCCGCGAGUGUUCCUAACCUCUAAUGUCUUCCGUCCAAGGACCAAUGAUGUCAUGUCGCCAGUGACUCAGCGGCAGAGUAAGAGGCUUAUUUAUUACUACACCUAAUGUCUUGUUUUGAUACUUGUUCUUCGUAGUUCGUACCGAAAAUGUGCUGACGCUUUUGUCAUGACAAAUAUUUAUACCUAACCACACGAUAUUUUGUAUCACAGACUGAAUCAAUAUGAAAUAACUUUAUUCAGAGUUUAUCAAUGAACAGAAAAAUACAAUUCUGGAGGGAAAAGUUACAAAACA